AUGUCGCGUGAACCGAGGCUCCCGCCGCUGGAGGCGGGCGAGCAGCCCCUUUGGCUGUUCCUCGUGCUCGCGUUGCUCAACAUCGUGGACUCGUUCAACCUCAACGUGGUGUGGCCGAUGCUACCCUUCAUGGUUGAAGGUUACGGCGUGGCGAAGGACGAGGAGGACCUCGGAGCUUGGGUCGGAGUCGCCGGGGCGGCGGUGAGCAUCGGGCAGCUCAUCUCCGCGUACGCGUGGGGUGCGCUUUCGGACGUGAUCGGCCGGAGGCCCGUGAUGCUCGUCGGCAUGUUGACGUCCACGUUCACGGCGAUCGUCUUCGGCACGAGCACGACGUACGCCCAGUGCGUGGCGGGAAGGUUUCUCAGCGGCCUGCUCAACGGCAACGCGGGUGUCGUGAAAACGUACGUCGGCGAGGUGACGCAAAAGUCGCAACAGGCGAAGGCGUUCAGUCUCUUCGCGCUGUGUUUCGGUCUCGCGAGCUGCGUGGCGCCCGCCAUCGGGGGUUUCCUGCAGAAACCGGCGACGCGGUGGCCCCGGACGUUCGCGGGCACGCCUUUCGAGACGUACCCGUAUCUGCUGCCGAUGUCGUGCGCCGCGGCUUUGACGACUCUCGGUUUAAUAGUCGGUUACCUCUUCGUCCCGGAGACGGCGUCGCAGUGGCGGAGGAUGAGAAGGCGACGGUUCAUGAGCCCGAUGCGACAUGAGCUCGAUGCGUCGUCGUCGUCGGUGGGUUACGAGAUGGUGGGAACGCCAAAAAAGGCGUUACGGGGUUACGCCACGGUGGCGUACGCGUUCCUCGCCGCGAUCGCCAUCGGGUACGACGAGAUAUUCCCCGUGUUUGCCAAGACGUCGCGAUCGUUGGGUGGGCUGGGCCUUUCGGCGCAAAGCAUCGGCGGGAUCCUCGUCUUCGGCGGUUUCACGCUGGUAUCGUUCCAGCUGCUGGUGUUUCCCGCUCUGAUGCGCGCGUUCGGCGUGACCGCGGGUCUGAGAAUAGGCUCGAUCGCGUUCGCAGCCGCGUGCCUCGUCGCACCGUGCGCCAGUCUGAUUGACGACGAGACGGCGCGUUGGGCGGUGCUGCUCGCGUCACAGGCGCUCAAGAUAACGACGCUCGCCAUGCUAUUCUCCUGCGUCAUAAUAGCGGUGAACAACAGCUGCGAGAAUAGGGCGAAGGCCAGGGUGAACGGCGUGGGCACCUCGCUCGCGGCGUUUGGCAGGGUGGUGUCUCCGGUGGUUCACGGGGUUGUGUUCUCGUGGUCGCUGCGGCUCGACGGGUGGCGAGAGCGUCAGUUUGUCGUCUUCAUCUUCGUCAGCGCUUGCUCCCUUGCGCUCUAUGCGCUGGUGAGCCUGUUGCCCAAGGAGCUGGACGCGCCGCCGAGGGAAGUUGAGGACGAGGUUGCGGCGAACGGUGGGUGA